AUGACAAUCAAGGAACAUAAAGUGGUUCAUGAAGCCCACAACGUAAAGGCUCUUAAAGCUCCUCAACAUUUUUACAACAGUCAACCCGGCAAGGGUUACGUUAGUGAUAUGCAACAUUAUCAAGAAAUGUAUCAACAAUCUAUCAAUGAGCCAGAAAAAUUCUUUGAUAAGAUGGCUAAGGAAUAUUUGCAUUGGGAUGCUCCAUACACCAAAGUUCAAUCCGGUUCAUUAAACAAUGGUGAUGUUGCAUGGUUUUUAAAUGGUAAAUUGAAUGCCUCUUACAACUGUGUUGACAGACACGCCUUUGCCAAUCCCGACAAGCCAGCUUUGAUCUACGAAGCUGAUGAUGAAUCCGACAACAAAAUUAUCACAUUUGGUGAAUUACUAAGAAAAGUUUCCCAGAUUGCUGGCGUCUUGCAAAGCUGGGGUGUUAAGAAAGGUGACACAGUUGCUAUCUAUUUACCAAUGAUUCCAGAAGCAGUCAUUGCUAUGUUGGCUGUAGCUCGUAUUGGUGCUAUUCACUCUGUUGUCUUUGCUGGGUUCUCCGCUGGUUCGUUGAAAGAUCGUGUGGUUGACGCUAAUUCCAAAGUGGUCAUCACUUGUGAUGAAGGUAAAAGAGGUGGUAAGACCAUCAACACCAAGAAGAUUGUUGACGAAGGUUUAAACGGAGUCGAUUUAGUUUCCCGUAUCUUGGUCUUUCAAAGAACUGGUACUGAAGGUAUCCCAAUGAAGGCUGGUAGAGAUUACUGGUGGCACGAAGAAGCUGCCAAGCAAAGAACUUACCUGCCUCCUGUCUCAUGCGAUGCCGAAGAUCCUCUAUUUUUAUUAUACACAUCCGGUUCCACUGGUUCUCCAAAGGGUGUCGUUCACACUACGGGUGGUUAUUUAUUAGGUGCCGCUUUAACAACCAGAUACGUUUUCGACAUUCACCCAGAAGAUGUCCUCUUUACUGCAGGUGACGUCGGCUGGAUUACUGGUCACACUUAUGCCCUAUAUGGUCCAUUAACCUUGGGUACCGCUACAAUAAUUUUUGAAUCCACUCCUGCCUACCCAGAUUAUGGCAGAUAUUGGAGAAUCAUUCAACGUCAUAAGGCAACCCAUUUCUAUGUCGCUCCAACCGCACUAAGAUUAAUCAAGCGUGUAGGUGAAGCUGAAAUUGCCAAAUAUGAUACUUCCUCAUUACGUGUAUUAGGUUCCGUCGGUGAACCAAUAUCUCCAGACUUAUGGGAAUGGUAUCAUGAAAAAGUGGGUAACAAGAACUGUGUCAUUUGUGACACCAUGUGGCAAACAGAAUCUGGUUCCCAUUUAAUUGCUCCUUUAGCAGGUGCUGUUCCAACAAAGCCUGGUUCUGCUACCGUACCAUUCUUUGGUAUCAACGCUUGUAUCAUUGAUCCUGUUACAGGUGUAGAAUUAGAAGGAAAUGACGUAGAAGGUGUCCUUGCCGUUAAAUCCCCAUGGCCAUCCAUGGCUAGAUCUGUUUGGAACCACCACGAUCGUUAUAUGGAUACUUACUUGAAACCUUACCCUGGUCACUAUUUCACAGGCGACGGUGCUGGUAGGGACCAUGAUGGCUACUACUGGAUCAGGGGUAGAGUUGACGAUGUCGUAAAUGUUUCUGGUCAUAGGUUAUCCACAUCAGAAAUUGAAGCAUCUAUUUCCAAUCACGAAAACGUUUCAGAAGCUGCUGUUGUUGGUAUCCCAGAUGAAUUGACCGGCCAAACCGUUGUUGCAUAUGUUUCUCUAAAAGAUGGUUAUCUACAAAACAAUGCUACUGAAGGCGAUGCUGAACAUAUUACACCAGACAAUUUACGUAGAGAGUUAAUCUUACAAGUUAGAGGUGAAAUUGGUCCUUUCGCCUCACCAAAAACCAUUAUUCUAGUAAGAGACCUACCAAGAACAAGGUCAGGAAAGAUUAUGAGAAGAGUUUUAAGGAAAGUUGCUUCUAACGAGGCCGAACAACUAGGUGAUCUAACCACUUUGGCCAACCCAGAAGUUGUUCCUGCCAUCAUUUCUGCUGUGGAGAACCAAUUUUUUUCUCAAAAAAAGAAAUAA